UGACGUCAGCGCCGGAUUAGACACGGGCCAAUUGCUGCCGAGCCGUUUGGAAGCUUCUGGAAGAAGGUCGGUGUGGAUGUAGCCUCGUCUUUAAUGUGAACUUGUUAAUAUUCAAAAAGUCUCGUCCUCAAACAGGUUAGUGUUCCAAGGUAAUCAUGGUCAAAGAAACAGGCUUUUACGACAUGUUGGGUGUGAAGCCUAACGCAACACCAGAUGAGCUGAAAAAGGCCUAUCGCAAACUAGCGUUGAAGUACCACCCUGACAAAAAUCCUACAGAAGGAGAGAAGUUCAAGCAGAUCUCUCAGGCAUAUGAGAUAUUGUCAGAUCCCAAGAAGAGAGAGGUGUACGACCGUGGAGGUGAGAAGGCUAUAAAGGAAGGAGGUAAUAGUGGCAGCAGCAGCAGCAGCUUUUCAUCUCCCAUGGACAUCUUUGACAUGUUUUUUGGAGGAGGUGGACGGAUGCACAGAGAAAGAAGAGGGAAGAAUGUUGUUCAUCAGCUCACAGUGUCCUUGGAAGAUCUUUAUAAUGGAACAACAAGAAAACUUGCUGUCCAGAAGAAUGCUAUUUGUGAGCGGUGUGAAGGUCGUGGGGGACGGAAAGGAGCUGUGGAGAUGUGUAUGUCGUGUCAUGGGACAGGCAUGCAGGUCCGCUUGCACCAGCUAGCACCAGGUAUGGUCCACCAAGUGUCCACCGUGUGCCACAGCUGCCAGGGCCAAGGACGGCGCAUCAGCCACAAGGACCGCUGCAAAGCAUGCGGUGGUCGCAAGAUCCUGCGGCAGAAAAAGAUCUUGGAGGUCCACAUUGACAAGGGAAUGAAGGAUGGCCAGAAGAUUGUUUUCCAUGGUGAAGGAGACCAGGAGCCCGGACUUGAACCAGGUGAUAUCAUUAUUGUCCUGGACCAGCGCGAGCAUCCACAGUUCACCAGGCAAGGGCAGGACUUGAUCAUGACCAUGGAGUUACAACUGGUUGAGGCCUUGUGUGGUUUCCAAAAACCCGUUCAGACACUGGAUAACAGAACCCUCCUCAUCACCUCCCAUCCAGGAGAUUUGAUCAAGCCUGGAGACAAGAAGUGUGUCCUGAAUGAAGGGAUGCCCAUGCACCGUAGGCCGUUUGAGAAGGGACGCCUUAUUAUUCAUUUUUCGGUGGUGUUCCCACAGGCCAACUUCCUCCCCAAGCACAAGCUAAAAGAGCUGGAGCACUACCUCCCAGUAAAGAUGGAGGCCGAGCAGCCAGAGAGUAUGGACGAUGACCUCUACAUUUAUGCUGACCUGGAGGACUGUGACUUUGAGAACAGAAAAAGACACAGCCAUCACCACUACUACAUGGAAGAAGACGACUAUGCCACUGCCGGAGGUGUCCAGUGCCAGACCUCUUGAACCCAAACAUGGCCUGUUCCUCAUUCCCAUCCUUAAGCCCAAUUCCACAUCUAAAGAAAAGCACCUUUUUUCAAUUCUGUGCACUUUUUAUUUUGUUACUUAUCUUAAAAUCGUAACUGUUAACGUGUUGAAGUGUUCUUUUCAAGCUUAAUAUUAAAACUGUGACCCAAGGCCCUCCUGAUUAUUUUUAGUACUUUUGUUAUGCCCUUUGGUGGAUUGAAACAAUCCUGUUGAAGUUGUAGGACUAGACAAGCUCUGGAUCCAGGUGCAUGGGACUCCUUAUCAUCGCUUGGACCAUAUUCAACUUUUUUUUUUCUCAAAUUACAUCACCUAUCAACUGGCUGAAGAACUCUGCUUCAAAGACAAGGGCUUAUCAUGGUGCUCAAAGGAAGGAAAAACUUUUUGCCUGAUUUUUUUUCUUUGCCUAAUCAAAGACUGCCUGUUUUAGACACUAAAAACUGAUGCCAAUAUAAAAAUAGCCUUUUUUUUUAUAGUGUUACCAAAUCAGCUGGUGUGAACCACAUGCUAAUCAUAGAUGAGGAUGACUGAUGCAAUUCUUUGUGAUGCCCCUAUCUUCUGCUGGUGGUGUUGAUGUGUAUUGAGCUACAAUAAUGAAACUAUUGUACCCUUUCAGGGCUAUUUCAAAACAAUCUGGAAUAUGUGACAAGACAUACAAAUACUGCAUUAUAAUAGUAAUGAUUUACACAGCAACAGUAUUGAUGUUCAAGCCGAUUCUUUGUCUAUUAGUUCAAUCAGGGAAAGCACACAGGGUGAUGCACAAAAGACAUAUUCAAAUAUUAGGCAAAAUCUAAGAUAUUGACCCCCCUCCUAGAAAAAUGUAUAUGGGAUAAAAGCCUGUAAAUUAAUGCAACUCCAAAGUCCCCCUUCGGCAGAGCCAUAGGUGGGGCCUGGACAGUGGUGGUGGAGGGGCAAAGUGGCAAACACUGAAAUGACAGUAGGGAUUAUCAGGUAGGAAUUUUAGAUUAACCAGACAAGCAAGAUCACUGGCUGACAGACAUCCCAGGCAGAUUACCUGGAGUGUUCCUGGAUGAAAAAACUGAGCCACCUGAUGUGCAAACAGACUGGAAAUGAAAGGGAUUGUCUUCCCGCGUCAACUUCAGCUGAGAGCUUCAUUUCAAAGUAACGUUUCAGUUUAGUGUAACAUGUUGGCUUUUGAGCUUCCAUCAUGUUUCUGUGGUGAUGUCACACAUUUGCUUUUGUUUUGGAAAUGUUACACAUUUUAAUGCAUGUACAGUCCUCUGAUACGAGCCAAAUAUGUUUGGAGGUGUGGCCUAGUAAUCAGUAACAACUCACUUUUUUGAAGCAGUUUACAGAUGUACUGCCUUUGUUAGCAAAUGGUCCCCAACCCUCUCUCUUACAUUUGUAAGACAUGCGCCUUGCUCACCAAUCAUUGCCCUGUCUUGCUUAGUUGAUUUCCAAACUGUGUGAAAAGGAGCGGCUAAUGUCAGUUUUUUGUUAAAGGUUGACUGUUGAUGAGCCACGUUUUUCUUUUUUUGGGUUCCAAGUGGCAAAGUUGUCUUUUUUUAGCAUUUUUUCUUUUGUUUCUUUAUCUUUCAUUUGAUGUGCCCUUAAACUUUCUGGAUCUCAGUAACCAUAAGAGCUACAGUGCCCUAACUUGGCAGAUAAUCUCACCCACUACUUAUAAAUUACCGAUGGGCCUUUGAUUUUUGAACCAUAAGUCUCAGAAACAAAAUUCCUGGAUCAUUUCGGUCCAGAUGAAUCUAUCCAUAUAAAAAUAAUGUGUGCUGGAAAGACAUUUUGCUUUUUUGUAUUUUGUCCAAGACAGUUUUUUCACCACUAAAUUUUGAGCAAUCGGCAUUAAAUUAGAUAUAACAUAUAGAUAUGUACAAAUAGAUAAAAUCUGGUCCAAGCCCAAAAAAAAAGUGCUCUCUUGGAUUUGUGAUAUGUGAUACAGCUUCCACCAAAUUUGCAUUUAAAAAUUUGAAGGCGAGGCUAAUUUUCCAAAACUUGCCAUUACUCACGUUAAGAUAUUGAUCUGAAAUGUGAGACACUUAUUCAAGAGCUUUGCAUUUCACCACUAGGUGCCACAAAAAAUGUGAAAAUGUUUAUGCUGCAUUAACGGCAUAAUGGUUUCAUAUGAAAUUUGAUUCACGGCAGCUGUUCAUUCCUCAUUCAGUGCAUAAAAUUUGGUCAUUGGUUAAAGUGGGUGUGGACUUUAACUGCAGUUCUUAUUUUUCGAAGAUUUCACAUCCCAAAUUUCAAAAACUUUUAAAAUUACAUCAUAGGUCCUAGAGAGCUGAUUUAUUUAUUUAUUUUUUUUUUUUUUUUUUUUUGUAGCACUCCCAUUGAAAUGUAGGACAAUUUGCUACACUACAACCUCGGGUCAAUUCAGAAGUCCAUCGCUCAGCAUUUUCCAAAAUAUGCAAAAUCUGAUUCAUUCAAAUGCUACCAAAAUUGACACAGACAUUCUUCAGAUACUAGAUAACACGUUUCAAAUGGUGUUAAGAUGCCCAGCAAUGCGUCCGAAGUGACAUUCAGUGUCUUAAUGUAAUCAGUACUUGUAUGCGCAUUGUCUGCUGUAGCUACAAUCGAAAAUGUCGGGAAAAGAAUAACAACAGCUGCUCAUGGUGUAAUUUUUCUUUGGGUAUGUGCUGGAUGUUAAAUGAUUCCUCUGAUUAUGCCAAACAGGUUUGCCAAUACACGCCAUGCCAAAUGCUUCAGUUUUGUCUGAAACAAUUUAUGCUGCCUAUCCUUCAAAUUUUUUUCCCUGUUUUCUUGAAGCUGCAUAAAAGUACUUGUUCCAAUAUUUGACAAUUUGUACUAUUUUGCUAUAAUUGGCUUAGAAUUUUUUGGGUGGGGCCUUAUUCACCAAAAAUUGCAUUUUAGUUUUACCUUUAUAUAUUCAAAUUUAGUACAAGUGUAUGCAUGUAAUCUGAGGGACCAUGUCAAAUUUGGUGGAAAUUAACCCAUAGGUGGCGCUGAUAACUUCAGAUGGACUUUGAGUGCCAUUGUAUUUGUAGUCCAAUCAUCUUUUUAAGUACAUAUAAUACUCCACUUUCAAAGUGAUAAUUAUGGCAUAGUGAUCAAGCAGAAAAAAGCCCAUUGUUAAAAAAUGAAUUGUUUAUGUUAUAAAAUAUGUGGUAGAUAUAUGUCAUUCAUUUCCAUUCUAUUUAUAACUUGGCCUUCAUGUACAUACUAGUUUAAACCAAUGCGUAAGGAUUUCAUGAAACAUUGUAUGUGGUGUUAAUGUGAUUUUCUCAACCAUUUUGGGAACCUUUACUGCUGAGUGAAUCGAAAACUGCCAGAAAUAACCUUUAAAUUUCUCUCUCUGGUGUGUUUUGGAAGUUCCAUCUGCAAUUUAAAUAAGACGAAUUUUAAGCAAAGUAACAAUUAAGCCCUAUCUUCUAUUUCUGAAUUUUUACUGACAUGUCAACAAGGUAUGAAAAACAUGUCAUUUGUUGUAGGCCUAAUCUGUAAAUGCCAAGAGGAGGUGGGGUUGGGCUUGAAAUCUGUACACCUGAUACCUCAUUGAAGUGUCUGCCUGUUCUUAAGCCUUAUCCAUACCAUAACUUGAGAAAAGCUUGUUUCACCGAUUACUUAAUUUUGGACAUUUCUGCAAGUGUAUUCACAGUGAGCUUCAUCAGAUUCAAUUCAGAAUUGUUCUUGUAAGCAGAUGCACAUUUAUCAGGACUUCUGAUGGUGUCAGGGGAACUCGGUGUUAAUGAAAAAAAUACUGGUGUUAUAAAGAGUCUUAAUUUGACUGUGUGUGAGGACCAAUUACUUGUUCAUGCUCAUAAUUUAUAAUUAAACUAAGUCCUGUUUGAUGCCC